GUUUCCGCGAAACAUUGUGGUGGCCACGGCACCUUGUGCAAAUAUGAUAGGAGAUUUGAUGAUCUCUACUUAUAUUCCACAAGUCAUUCGAGCCAGACCGAAUGGGUUCUUUAAAAGUAAAGGUAUAAUUUUCAUUGAUCGCCACCUCAGUCAUAUCCGUGAUGAUGUAGUUAAAGCAUUAAAAAUGGAAGGCUUAGAUGUCCUAGAGAUACCCGGUAGAACUACCUGCGUUUUGCAACCGCCCGAUGUAUCAGUGAACAAGCCAUUUAAAAAUGCUAUAACAAGAAGGUGGGAAAAAUGGAUGGACGAAGGGAAAGGUGGGCUUACUAAAAAAAGAAACCUCAAAAAAGCAUCAUACGAAUUGAUAUGUGAAUGGGUAUCUGAAACGUGGAGGGAAAUCAGUAUAGAUCUUUUGGCUCGGUCUUUUGAAGCAUCCGGAAUUACGCUUAACCCCGAUGGCAGUAAAGAUUACAAGAUGACAAGCCGCCUCCAGGCUAUUGUCGCAAAUCGUAUGAAUGAGGUGUGUUUUUCUGAGGAAGAAGAUAAUGAAUCAAAUCCUGAUGAAGUACUUGAUGAUAAACUCGACAGUGAAAGUGCGAUAAAGAAAAAAAAAGCAUAA